UAUAUAAGUAUACAAUUUCGUUAUGAAAAAGGAAAACGUGCAAGCUCUUAUAAGUAUUGUAUGAGCGUUUACGUGGUACAUACUUAUUUGGCCAAUUAGGCAUUAAGGCAAAAAUAAUUUUUAAAUGUUUCGUUACCGUGAGGAUGCAUAACGUGUCCGCAAAUCUUCCAGUGAGCAACGGUGACAUUUCGUUUUCGUUUUUUUUUUCAGUUUUUUCAAUUUUUUUUUACUUCGCUGGAGCUCUCCUUGAUAAUUAGGUCGUAAAAAAACCCCAAAACUAUUAUAAUCGACAUCAAUGCACAAAGUAAAUAACGACAUUAAAACAUGUGACAAACGCAUACAAUUCGAAAGCGAGCGACCUAAAAAUUAUUCGUAUUGCUAUUAAUAUAAUCCAGAAAUCUAUAAUUUAUGUGUGACCUAAAGAAAAAUCGUUAGCAGCACAUUUUGUAUUAACAAACCUUUGGAAAUAAUUCGAUUUGCAAACAACAGCAAUGAAAAAAUUUAAUAUCAUUCAUCAUAUCAUAACGGGAAGAAAAAGCAGCAACAACUAUAGAUGAAAUAACCAAUCCUUUUUCAUAAGCUUGGAGUAUUUGCAGUGCGCAUGACUACUUAUACAUAUUAAUAUAUGUAGUAUGUCCUUUAAUUCGAUUAGAAGUUCUUUAAUUUGGUGCAUUCAUUGAUUGCAAUCUACUCUAAUAAUAAUUUCUAUUAUUAAAAGUAUUUAUUAUUGAGAAAAUCUCUCGUGCAUUUGGAUCAUAAUAAUAAUAUUGUAAAAGUUUAAAAAAUAAUAAUAAUAAUUUAAAAGAAAUAAAUAAAUAAAUAAAAAAAAAAAUAAAAAAAACUUGUAAAGUUUUUCUCUCGAAUGAAUUAAGAACGUAUCGGACGUUUGCCGUAGUUAGACAUUGCCAUGGGCUGCCUAAAUAGUAAAGAUCGUCUUACAAAAGAAGAUAUGGAAUUUUUGAAAUCUCACACUCGCUACGAUGAAGCCACCAUAAAAGAGUGGUAUAAAGGAUUUAAGCAAGAUUGUCCAAAUGGGCGAUUAACUCCGGCAAAAUUUGUUGAUAUGUAUAAAAUGUUUUUCCCGUCUGGAAAUGCGGAAGAGUUUUGUGAUCAUGUCUUUCGAACAUUCGACAUGGAUAAAAACGGAUACAUAGACUUUAAGGAAUUUUUACUCGCAAUAGAUGUAACAUCAAGUGGAACUCCCGAAGAAAAAUUAAAAUGGGCAUUCAGAAUGUAUGACGUCGAUGGAAAUGGUGUUAUUGACAUACAAGAAAUGACAAAAAUUGUUCAGGCAAUCUACGAUAUGCUUGGGGCUUGUUCAUCAAAUCGUCCCGCUGAUUCGGCGGAGGAAAGAGCGAAGAAUAUAUUCUCUAAAAUGGAUGAAAACAAUGAUGGUCAAUUAACGCAGGAAGAGUUCUUAAAGGGCUGUCUCCAAGAUGAGGAACUUUCAAAAAUGCUAGCACCAUAAAGAAAUCUCAAUCAUUCAAUUUCUUCUAAUAUGUGUAUAAUUUAAGAAUAAACAAUAAAUAUAGUAAUGAAACAAAUUACCUAUUUUCAAUGUGUA